UUUUCAUUAUUUGAUAAUUUUCUAUAAAGUUUUUCCCCCUGGGAUCACAAAAUUAGCAAAAAACAAUAUACAAGUGUGCGAUCCCAGGUUUGUGCGCAGCUCCUCGAAUUCACAAGCACCUGGAUUCCUGCUAAAAACCCUACACACCAAUCACAACACUUAGGAGCAAAAGAUUUGAGUUGAUCUGUUUUUGCUUUGAAAGAUCAGAAAAGCAAACUUUAUUGUUAAUCUAUUUUUGUUAAGUGUCCAACUUUAUAGUCAUCAGAAGUUUGAAGCAGAAUUUUGUCUGCAUUUGGUUAGGGAGAGCUUUGUUUAAGAAAUUCAGGGGUGCCCUUUAAGUCUGGGCCUAAUCUGGUGAAGUGGGUGUGGAUUAUCGGGGAGUGUUUGGGGGGGUGAGUGAGCGUGUCAAUGGGAAGGAGAUGAGAGGGGCAUAUGAGGGUUUUGGGGAACGAUGACGGGAGGGUCAUUGGGGAUGCGUUCGGGGAGUUAUGGAUCUUUGGAUAAACAGCUACAACAGAACAGCAACAACGGCAACAUUAACAGCAACAACAGCUGUUACAUCAACAACGUCAAUGGAUUGUCGCCAAUUCCUACAACGCGGAAGCCUUCGAAAAUGCAGAAGGAGAGGGAGAGGUUGUUCCACUGGAUCUGCAAGUUUGCUGGACGCAAAAAGGUCGGAAUGCUGCUUCUAUGUGUCAUCUCCGCCGCGGUUUUCGUCUGGGUUUUGUAUGUAGGAAAAGGCGAAGAUGCUCAAGAAAGUGAACCUGUUCAGAACAUUGGUGUAAAUGUGAGCAUGCCUUUAAAGAACCAUAUUGAAAGUAACACUCUUUCUUCACUGAGCGUAAUGGGAGUGGUUCGCGAUUUGGCUUUGCCUCCUCCUCCUCCUCCUCCUGCUGUUUUUCUAGGGUAUACACUUCCUCCAGGGCACCCAUGCAAUAGUUUCACUCUGCCUCCUCCACCAGCUGAUAAAAAAAGGACUGGACCACGGCCGUGUCCUGUAUGUUACCUACCUGUUGAAGAAGCUGUUGCCUUGAUGCCAAAGAUUCCCUCAGCUUCCCCAGUUCUUAAAAAAUUAACAUAUAUUUACGAGGAAAAUUUAUCUAGAGAUGGAGAAUUUGGAGGUUCGGACUUUGGUGGAUAUCCUACUUUAAAGCAGAGGAAUGAUUCUUUUGACAUCAGAGAGUCAAUGAGCGUGCACUGUGGAUUUGUCAGAGGAGUUAAACCUGGCCGCAACACAGGAUACGACAUGGAUGAUGAUGACCUUCUUGAGAUGGAGCAGUGUAAUGGUGUGGUUGUUGCAUCAGCUAUAUUUGGAGCUUUUGAUGAUAUAAACCAGCCAAAAAAUAUCAGUGACUAUUCCAAGGCCACUGUUUGCUUCUACAUGUUCAUAGAUGAAGAGACGGAAACUUAUAUGAAAAAUGCUGGCACUCUUGGCAGCGAAAAGAAAGUUGGGUUAUGGAGAACAGUUGUUGUUCGUAACCUUCCAUAUGAAGAUGACCGACGCACAGGAAAGAUUCCAAAGCUUCUAGUCCAUAGGAUGUUUCCAAACGCCCGCUUUUCUCUUUGGAUUGAUGGAAAGCUUGAACUUGUUGUGGAUCCUUAUCAAAUACUUGAAAGGUUCUUGUGGAGGAAAAAUGCUACUUUUGCAAUCUCUAAACAUUAUAGACGCUUCGAUACUUUUGUGGAAGCAGAGGCAAACAAAGCUGCUCACAAAUAUGACAACGCCUCUAUUGAUUUUCAGAUUAACUUUUACAAAAAUGAGGGUUUGACACCAUAUUCAGAGGCUAAACUUCCCAUCAUAAGUGAUGUUCCUGAAGGAUGUGUGAUAAUAAGGGAGCAUGUUCCUCUCAGCAACCUCUUUACUUGUCUUUGGUUCAAUGAAGUGGAUCGUUUUACAUCCAGGGACCAAAUUAGUUUCUCCACUGUGAGGGACAAGAUUUUGUCAAAGGUGAAUUGGAGUAUUAGUAUGUUCUUGGACUGUGAAAGGCGCAAUUUUGUCAUUCAGAAAUACCAUAGAGAUGUAUUGGAACAAAUUGCUCCCCCUGUCUCUGUUGCUGUUUAUCCACCACCACCACCACCACCACCACCGUCAUCACAGACUCUAUAUGAUGAACCACCGAUCAAAUUUUACCAUGAGACUUCACCAGAAGGGACUAUAAGUGUUCCAAUCAGAAAGGUCCAACCAAGGCGUACCAGGAGGUCCAGUUCUAGGCGUCACCGCAAAGUCUCUGCUGGUGUUAGGGACAUCCAUUCUAGUUGACGUUUUGUCGAAGCAAAUUAUGCAUUUCUUUUUCCUUUCAAUGUCAUUGUCCUGGGUCGGGAGGAUUUGUGCAAGGUGAGCGUUGUACUUCUGCUUCCAAGGUUAAUGCUACCUUUCUCAUUCUUUAUCCGCUUUUGGAGUUGUCAAUUUUCAUUCAUUUUUUGGAUGUAUAUAAUAAUUAUAGUAUGGGUUGCUGCCAAAGCCCUUAAAUGUAGUGACCCAUUAGUCGUUUCCAUUGUCAUAGCAGCAUCACUCUGGAACUCAAUUAUGUAAAAGUCAUAUUCAUGUCUCUUUUGAAAGGCAAUAAAAGGAGAUAAAAAGUUCUCGUAAAAA